AUGGGGGACUCCGCGAGGUCCCGACAAAGCAGACCCUGCACGGCUGCCACAGCUGGAGGGGGUGCCGGGAGCCAAGGGGUCAGGUCCAGCCUCUGCCCCGUGUCCCUGAGAGGCCGCGGCCCCGAGGGGCCGCCUGUGGGACAGCAGGGGUCGGGGCGUGACCCCUCCCUGGUCCGGCGAGGCGGCGCCCAGCGCCGGGACAGGAGCCGCUGCCUGGCCGCCCCGGCUGCCAGCUCACACGCUCCGCCGCGGCCCCUGCGGAAGCUCCCUGCCCUGGUUUCUGUUCAACCUGGGCCGGCGGGCGAGUUGGGCGAGGCGGGGGCAGGAAUGCGUGCAGGCCCGGAGCCUGCCCGCGAGCCGGGGCCUCGCCGCCUCUUCCCGGCCCUGCCUGGCGCCGCCUCCAUUGUUCCCAGUCGCUCUCAGAACCUUCCCCCGAGGCCCGGCGAGCCACCCACCGCACGCGUGGACUCGGGUUCCUCUGUGUGGAGCCUCCGCCCAGGGCGGCGGGCCGCAGGCCUCCCCGGGCGGCAGGCGGCCCGUCUCCGUUGUGGGCAGGUCAGGCCGAAGCCAGACCUGGGCGCCCGGGCCGCGGACCAGGGGCUGACAGGCUGGGCCCGUGAGAGAUCAAUGGGGAGCUGCCGAGAGGAGGAGCUCCUGCAUCAGCUCAGACAGCUGGACCGAGACGCAGCUGGGCUCGGGCAGGGCCCCGGAGGGGCAGAAAAGCCACAGGCUGGGCCAGAGCCUCUGACCGCCCACCUGCCCGCAGAGCUGGACGAUGCGGACGCUGCCAGGCCCCGGGCUGCCCUCUUGGAGAAGUACCCGCUGCAGGGGGAGAAGCAGCCGCCCAGCCCUGGGCAGGGCCCCUUCUUCUACAUCGGAGGCACCAACGGGGCCUCCAUAAUUAACUCCUACUGCAAGACCAAGGGCUGGCAGCGCAUCCAGGACAGCCGGCGGGAGGACUACAAGCUCAAGUGGUGCGAGGUCAAGUGCAGGGAUGCCUACUGCAGCUUCCGGGAAGGCGAGCAGCUGCUGUACCAGCUCCCCAACAACAAGCUCCUCACCACCAAGAUCGGGUUGCUCAGCGCUCUGAGGAAGCACGCGCGGGCCCUGGGCAAGACCAGCAAGCCGGGCCCCUGCGCACAGGCCAAGGUCCUGAAAAUGGAGGACUUCUUCCCAGAGACCUACCGUCUGGACAUCAGGGAUGAGAGAGAGGCUUUCUUCACCCUCUUUGACGAAACCCAGAUGUGGAUCUGCAAGCCCACCGCCUCCAACCAGGGCAAAGGCAUCUUUCUGCUCCGGAACCAGGAGGAAGUCGCCGCCCUCCAGGCCAAGACCCAGAGCUCUGAGGACAACCCCGUCUACCGCAAGAUGCCCUUCCGGGCACCACCGGCACGGGUCGUGCAGAGGUACAUCCAGAACCCGCUGCUGCUGGACGGGAAGAAGUUCGACGUGCGCUCCUACCUGCUCAUCGCCUGCACCACGCCCUACAUGGUCUUCUUCGGCCACGGCUACGCUCGCCUCACCCUUGGCCUCUACGAUCCCCACUCCAGGGACCUCAGCGGCCACUUGACCAACCAGUUCGUGCAGAAGAAGAGCCCCCUCUACGUGCUCCUCAAGGAGGACACGGUGUGGAGCAUGGAGCACCUCAACCGCUACAUCAACGACAAGUUCCGCAAGACCAAGGGCCUCCCCCAGGACUGGGUCUUCACCACCUUCACGAAGCGGAUGCAGCAGAUCAUGGCCCACUGCUUCCUGGCUGUCAAAUCCAAGCUCGAGUGCAAGCUGGGCUACUUUGACCUCAUUGGCUGUGACUUCUUGAUUGAUGAAAACUUUAAGGUGUGGCUGCUGGAGAUGAACUCCAACCCCGCCCUGCACACCAACUGUGAAGUCCUGAAAGAGGUGAUUCCCGGCGUCGUCAUGGAGACUCUAGACCUGGCGCUGGAGACCUUCCAGAAGAGCCUGCGCAGCCGGAAGAUGCUGCCGCUGUCGUCGCAGCGCCGCUUCGUGCUGCUGCACGAAGGCGAGGCGGACCCGCGGCCGCGCCCGGGGGCCUCCCGCAGCGCGCCCCGCCCGCCGCCGCCGCCGCCGCCGCCCCGCGCCGCCCGCAGGCCGGGCCCCGGCGGCGCCCAGGGCGGGGACCCCGCGGCCCCGGAGGGCGGCCGGCCGCGGGUGGGCGGCGAGGACGCGGCGCGGGAGCCUUCCCCGGCGCCGGCGGAGGAGGGGCGCGAGAACGCGGGCCGCCGCGGCUCCUAG